AUGGUCGCGCGCCUGGUUCUAGAGGAGCGCGGCUUGCCGAAGGAGCCUCAGUUGGAAGAGUGGGGGCCUGCUGAUGCGCAGGCCGCCUGCGUGAAGAAGGAGCCGGAGACGGCGGCGUCAGCGGACAGCGAGUCAGACGAGAGUUAUGAUUCGGAAAUGCCCGCCCCCCGCAGCUGGCUGCUCGCGGGCGCCGGCGCCGGCGCCGGCGCCCCGCCCCCCGCGGCCGCCGAGGCUUCCUCGGCGUCGCCGCCGCAACGCGCGGCGAUUGCGCAGCCUGUGCGGAAGGUCGCGCCUCGGGCGGCGCCGGCGGCCGCCUCCUCGCUGCCGGGCCCGCCGCCAGGCCCGCCGCUGGCCCCGGCGCCGCCGCCGGGCCCGCCGCCGGCCCUGGCUGGCGCCGCGCAGCGGCCGCCGUCUCCGGGGCCGCCGAAAGGGUCGCCGACUGCUGAGACGAGCGCGCCGCCUCUGCUGGCCCCGCGGCCGCCCUCUUGGCCACCGCCGCCGCAGCGCGAGCACCCUCCGCCGAGCGGCCCCCCGCCCCGGCGCGUGCCCGAGGGGCCUGUCGGACAGGCCGCGCGAGAGCGGGCCGAGGCGAACGCUCGGGAGGCGCUCACCGAGCUGGAGAGGGCCAUAGCCGAG